CAGCUGUGGCUGCUCUGCGAGCUGCGUGGGAAUGAAAGAAGUUUUUGUUUAUGUACGGAAUAUAAAAUUUAAAUUUUAUGUAUAUACACCUGGGAAAGUUCCCACUAUUUGAAAUUUUAUCAAGUUGGAGUUUUAUUUUAUAUAUUAUAGUAACAGGAGGUUCAUUUUCAUUACUAAUUUUCCGAAAAUAGAAAACAAAUAAUUUCAUUUUUUUUUGAGGUUAUGUUAUUACACAUAAAAAUUUAAAAUGAUGAUCAAAGAAAUGAAACUUUUUAAUACAAUAUUCCAUUAUUACAAAACGACAUGGAUCUCAUCGCACAGACGAUCCUAUACCAACAGGAACAUGCUAAAACUCAGUGAGCGUGGAAUGUAUCAAGACUUGUUUCCUAAUACAGCAGCGAAUGAAAUUAUAAACUUAUUGAACAAAUCUCCGCAGUGUGUUUAUGCUGGGUUUGAUCCUACUGCUAACAGCCUUCAUGUUGGAAACCUCCUUGUUAUAAUUAAUCUCUUACACUGGCAACGCAGUGGACAUCGAGUUAUUGCAUUGUUAGGAGGAGCUACUGGCCAUAUUGGUGAUCCCAGUGGAAGAAACUCUGACCGGGUAGCACUUGAGAAAGAUUUUAUUGAUAACAACAUAAAAUGCAUAAAAAAAAAUUUAGAGACUGUGUUUGAUAACCACUACAGGUACAUUUGGCCGAAGAAUGAAGACUUUCUAAAACCAUUGAAAAUAGUCAACAAUGAAAGUUGGUACAGAAAUAUAGAUGCUAUUAAAUUUGUUAGUGAGAUUGGUCGUAAUUUCCGAAUGGGCACAAUGUUGCUGAAGCAGAGUGUACAGAGUAGAAUCAAUUCGGAAGUUGGAAUGAGUUUCACAGAGUUCACAUAUCAGAUAUUCCAAUCUUAUGAUUGGUUACAAUUGUUAAAUGAAUGCGACUGUAGAUUCCAGAUUGGAGGGAGUGACCAAAUGGGAAAUAUCAGUGCAGGUCACGAACUUAUCAGUAGAACUGUAAAGAAACCUGUAUAUGGUUUUACUCUACCACUAGUGACAACCGAGGAAGGUGACAAGUUCGGUAAAUCUGCAGGGAAUGCACUUUGGCUGGAUCCAGAAAAAACUAGUCCAUUUAAUUUAUAUCAGUAUUUUAUUAGAACAAAAGAUUCGGAAGUGGAAAGACUCCUGAAAUUAUUCACAUUCUAUACUCUAGGAGAAAUUAAAGAUAUAAUGUUCAAACAUAAACAGCAUCCAGAAGAAAGGUAUCCACAGAUGUGUUUGGCAGAGCACUUAACAUUACUCGUACAUGGUGAGGCGGGCCUAUCGCAAGCGCGGCGCGCGACUGAUGCGAUAUACAGCAAGGACGUGACCGCGCUGGCGUCGCUGACUCAGGACGAACUGGCGCAGGUGUUCACAGGCGCGCCCGUCGUCAGGCUGCUGCUGCAGCCUGGCAUCACUGUGCUGGACCUCGGUGUGAGAGCUAACUGCUUCCCCACUGAGAAUGAUGCCAUGAGGAUAAUCAAUGCAGGUGGCUUCUACAUAAAUCAUCAGAGAGUGAAGAAAGUCGACGAGGUGAUAACAGAAUCUGCACACAUCUUACCGAAUCUCACUUCUCUGCUGAGAGUCGGCAAACGUAACUAUUAUAUUGUUCAAUGGCAAACAUGAAUGAAUUCUAGUUGUUAGACGUAA